AUGGCCAUGCAACAUUCUCAUCACCACCCUACUGGGUCCACGCCCGAACGUCAGAUGCAUCAGCUCCCCCAGUUGACCGCUAGAAAUCUUCCCGAGCCGCCGAUGGACCGUUCUGGCUCGCCCCACGGCUCCGAGCACUCCCGCUACUCGGCGCCUCGAUCGCACAUGGACAGCGUGCCCCGGUCAUAUCCCUCUCCAGUGCCUAUGAACGGCCCGCCAAUGAUGCAAGCACAUGCCCCCCCUCAGCACCAGCACCAGCACCAACACCAACAUCACGCCGGAGUGCCCAUCACCAUGAUACUGCCCGGCGGACCCCCUGAUAUGAACGCUGGGAUGCAUCAUUACAAGCCUCCCGGUGUGCCUGUAGAGCCGCAGCCAGCCCAGCAGGUCAAGGCUUACCCAUGUGGCACGUGCGGCAAGCGGUUCGCGCGUCGUAGCGAUCUCGCUCGUCACGAACGCAUCCACAGCGGUAUUCGCCCCCACGUCUGCGACUACCCCAACUGCGGCAAGCAGUUCAUUCAGCGAUCCGCCCUCACGGUCCAUCAACGUGUGCACACUGGCGAGAAGCCACACAUGUGCGAGCGUUGUGGAAAGCCCUUCAGCGACAGCAGCUCUCUCGCCCGUCACCGCCGUAUUCACUCGGGCAAGCGUCCUUACAAGUGCCCUUAUGCUGAUUGUCAGAAGACUUUCACGCGCCGCACGACCUUGACCCGCCACCAGAACCACCACACUGGUACCGUUGAAGAAGCUGCCGCCGCUACUGCCGCCGCGCUUGCUGCCCGCGCCAGCGUGAAACCGGGAUCAACCCGCUCUGACGGCGACUCCAUGUCCAACCGCGGUUCUCCUAUGACCACUCCCUCACCGGCUCAGCGUACGCUCUCCAUGUCGCCUAGCGCCGACCAGAUGCAGCGCAGCAACGCCGAAUUUGGCUACAUGGGCAAUACAUCACUGCCGGUACACCUUCAGCGCGACAUGCACGUCGGUAGCCCUGCGUCCACUACUUCUGCAGGUUACAGCAACGGUGUGCGGCCCACCUCGCACCCUACCGGCUACGGCAUGGUGCCACCUCCCACACUGGAGCCCAAUGUCGAGCAGCACUCUGGCCCUGGAAGCGCCGGUGGCAGCCCCCACAUGAGCACCAUGGGGUGGCAGUCGCCAUCGCACGUGGCUUCGCCGUCGCACAGCAACAACGGCAGCGCCUACAUGUACCCCGGAGCCUGA